AUGAGCUACGAUAACGCGCCGCCGCAGAUGCAGCCCCCCACUCCGGGGGGCUACAGGAGCAGCUACCCUCCUCCGAUUCCUCCACAGCCUCCUCAGCAUUACGAGCAGCCUCAGUAUCCUCCUCAACAGCCCGCUCCCGAGAGCCUCUAUAUUUCAUCAUAUGCCUCCACACAAAAGCGGAAGGCCACACGCGCGUCUCAGGCUUGCGACAGCUGUAGGCAGUUGAAGGCGAAAUGCGACGAAACCAAGCCCUGCAAGAGUUGCAGAGAAAAGGGAGUUGAGUGCAAAUAUCGUGAUCCCGUGCCAAAAGCGAUCGACAAGUCGCAGACCGACAUUCUGGAGGCAAUCGUAGACAUGAAGGGCUCUCUCGAGAAAAAGAUCGAAACGCUGUUUGAUUCGUUCGAGCAAAGAAUUGCGCGCCUGGAACAUGCGCCCCCGUACAAGCAGGUCAAGCUUGAAGCCGAUGCCUCGGCGACAACACCGUCUCCCCCGAGAAAACACCUAUCGCCCCGAAGCCACCAGCAAUCGGGACAGGAGCUUAACCAUGACGAAGCCAUGCCCAUGGCUGUGGGAGAUACGGACAUCGCGUACCACGAGCAAGAAGAUCGCAUGGAAGCCGAUGAGCCUGAGGACGAGUUGCCUCCAGGCCCGGCUGUGGCACCUGAAGCACCGUCGAUUCCCAUGAACCAUACCACAACGAAAGGACAUUUGCUACAGUGGCCUAUGAUUAAGGAAAUGACCCGCAAGGCUCUGAAAGAAAACGGCGUCAAGUUCAUUGAGGAAUAUCCUUGGGUUCGGGAAGAGAAGCGCGGUUUACUCCGCCUUUUCGGGCGCGGCGAGGGCAACGGUAACAUUUUUGGAUCGAGCAGCGCAAACCCCAGAUCCGAGCACGAUGCGUACACCGACACCGCCGACGACUACUUGGGAGAAGCAGUUGCCGCGCCUUCUCCAGGCGAGGCUUGGGGUCAAGUCGGCAGUCUCAGCCCGCCAAACCUGACGUAUACGAGCAGCACGCUCACACCAGAGGGUCACCCUGACUACACUGAGGCCAAGGUUUGGGGUUAUGUAAAAUCCUUUGAGGAGAAGAUCCUUUCCAUGCACCCGGUCAUCAUGCCAAGCGACCUUAGGCCCAUCGUCAGACGAUUCUUGGAGAAUGUGGCCCAGGGCGAAAAGAGAGGGAAGCCACCACACCCGGGAACCGCAAAGUUCGCGGUGACACAUGAACCGACCAACAAGCGAAAACGCUCCCCCAGUGGCGAAGAGCCUGAACCAGUUCAGCAACCUCGGAAGCUGGGCAGGCCUCACAGGACUAUCGACGCUGCUAUGGUCUUGGUCGUCCUGGCACUCGGAAAGGUCGCUCAGUGGACUGACAAGAUCCCGGACCCCAUCCCUGAUCCGGCUAGUAAUUCACACAACUCCCCGAUGAACAGGAAUGGCCAUCCGUCUUCCCCUGGACCUGGCGGCCAUGGCUCGCCUCCGGCGCAUUCUAUUCACUCUCAGUCUUCGGGCUUGCCGUCGCCAAAGGAGCAAAACAACGGGCUCCCGAGCCGGCGGCCGUCCGUGCAAGGCAAUGGCGCAAAGCCUAUGAACCAAUCUUUCAAGCGAAACUACGAUGUUAUUCCGGGUCUCGAGUAUUUUGCUGUUGCAAGCGAUAUUCUGGGCCAGCACCGCUCCGGCUACACACUGAAGCACUGCCAGACUUUCCUAUUGGCUGGUCUGUACUACGGACAACUCGGAAGGACAUUGGAGAGUUACCGAUUCUAUAUUGAUGCCGACGUUGCUCUGCACACUAUCAUGCGCCGUGAUAUCAUUGCCGAAAUGCCGGUUUACCCAUCAAAUCUCACUCGCUUCGAAUAUGCUGUGCCCUGGCCCUUGAUGCAUCAGUUCAGCGACAUCGAGUUCCCGGAAGCAGUUUUGUCGAACUACAUGGCACAGUUGUACCUACGAAAGCGACUAAACGCGCUGCAUAAACUACUCUUUGAGGGAAUCGACACGGCCAUGGACAAGAUGCACUCUGCAUUGGAGAUUUUGAGCGAGCUGCGAGCAAUGGGAUGGAUCCAGGAGGGCCUCAGGUUCACCGAAGACCAGCCCCCGGCAGGUACACUGAUGGAGGCCAGACUACACGCCAAGUACUGGGGAGCUCAGGUCGUCAUCUUCCAGCCAUUCAUCAAGCUGGUGCUUGAUCUCUCAUGGAAGAUGCAGCAGCGAACUGACGGAGCAACACCAAACUCUGACACCACCAGCGGCUUGGGCGUCUUCACUCAGGGCGACGCCGCUGCGUACAUCGGACAAGGCGGCAUCGAUAACUACAAGGACGUCAACGACGAUGUUAUCAACUUUGCCGAGCAAGGCAUCAAUGCUCUCAUCAAGAGUACCGAAGCUUUCCACAACGUGGAUCAUGACCGGCUUCACGUAACCAAUAUCUUUGGCACCGCACAUGCACAAUGGGGAAACCUCUUGGUCCUGGCUGCGGCCUACCGGGAUCCUAUCCUUGGCAAAUACAUCAACCGCGGGCACCUGCAAGCUCUGUUCAAGCGAACGACGAAGAUGUUGGGUAUGCAUGCUCACGUGAACAGCACGUUGUUGACGGACAAGAAUAUCCUUGAGAGCAUCGAGAGGGAUCUCUUCCGCCACGACGUGGAGGACCCGAGAAUGACCACCAGCUUCUCAAGCGCGGCCAGCAUGACGGGCCCUUCCGUCCCGCCACCAACAAGCCACCCGGAGACGAACCACCAGGGCCCGAUGUCCAUGGCAUAUGCAAUGGGACCCAGCCGCAGCGUGCAUAACUCCCCCAACCAGGCAUACCGCGUCUUGGACAGUCGCGCACCGAACCACGGCUACCAGCCACAACCGGCGCCAAUGUAA